UAAAGGAAAAUGCUGAAGUUCGUUUGGAAUGACAGUGGAGCGAUCUUGGUGCUGUUGGUGAUACUGAUGUCCAAUGUGGUGACCGGUCAAUACGGUUCGUGUGAUCUGACGUACAAUUACGCCAGUGGCCAGACAAGCUAUAUAGAGUCGCCCAACUUUUCCAACUACUAUACACCGGGCACCAAGUGUCGGUACACAAUAAACGCCCCAGUGGGCCAUACGCUGUACGCGCAGUGCUACGAUAUGUAUCUGCCAACGAGUACGGAUUGCUACUACGACAAGCUGGCCAUCUCGCGGUUCGGCGAUCCCAAUCUGAGCGAUGCGAUUGUACGCUGCGGAAAUACAACAUUCAACGUGGAAAGUCAGUAUAACAAGCUGGUGGUGGCUUUGCUGGGGAGCACGAGUACGUCCGGGGGAAGGUUCCGUUGUCAGAUUACGGCGCUCAAGCUUCCCUGUGACUGUGGACGUCGCAGAACGCCCACGAUCGUCAACGGAUUUCCCACGUUGACAAACGAGUACCCGAUGAUGGCAGGAUUGUGGGAUAACAGUGUGUCAAGGGUGUUCUGUGGAUCCACAAUCGUUACCAAUCGUCAUGUGCUUACUGCCGCUCACUGUCUGCUCGAUAGAACUGCAGCAGGCACACGCGUUCUGGUUGGCGAACAGAACACAAAUAUUACCAACGAAACCCCCUACACAUUGCGCAUGCUUGUGUCCACCUUCAUAAAACAUCCCAGCUACAAUCCAACAUCCAAAGCGAACGACAUCGCAUUGGUGCAAACGUUUGACACGAUCGUCUUUAAUCCGGGCGUUGGUCGGGUGUGUCUCCCGUUCCGAUUCGGUACGUCUAGCUUCGAGAAUGCACGGCUCAGUGCGCUUGGUUGGGGCGCGAUCGACUUCGGUGCUCCAUCGUCGAAAGAACUGCUGCAGACAACGCUGGCCGUGGUGUCGUCCACCAGCUGCGGCACGAAGCUCUCCCGCACGAUCCUUGCGUCGCAGAUGUGUACGUUCGCUGCCGGUAAUGAUACCUGCCAGAAUGAUUCGGGUGGUCCACUGUACUAUACCGAUCCGAACAGCCAACUGGUCUACAGUAUCGGUGUGGUAGGGUUCGGUGUGGCCUGCGCGUCGAGCUUCCCGAGUGUGAACACGAGAGUUACGUCGUAUCUGGAUUGGAUCAGCAGUACCACAGGGUAUACGUUCUGUGAGAAGUAGUGCGAGUAUACGCUGUAUGGUAGUGAUGAGGUGUGAUCGAGUAGUAACAAGUAAAAUUCUGUUUAUAUUUUGUACGGGUAGAACGAAUUUGAAAAGUAAAUUUGCUAUAUUUGCGCCAUGCAA